AAACUACCUAGUUACUAAGCGGAGAAUUUUUUUUGUUUCUAUCCUUUUAUAUUUAAUCAAUUCAAUAAAAUGACUUCAUUUAAUUCAUAUUUUGUUUGUGAUUAUAUAAAACAUUCAAUUAUACAAAAAUCAUUUAUCGAAUCAAUUCUUCUAUCAACGAUUGGAUUCAUUCAUAAUCAAUCAGAUAAUAUCGAAAAAUUAUCAUCUACUGAUUAUCUCUUAGAAAGUUAUACAAAUAUGACUACUAAUAAUCUAUCAUCAUCAUCAUCAUCAUCUUAUAUUUAUUCUACAAAUAAUCAAAAUGAUCCAUUGAAUCUAUUCAACAAUAAUGCUCCAUUGAAUACUUCUUUAUUGAUUCCUGUACAAUAUGAUUCAAUGUAUCAUAAUAAUAAUCAUAUUCCAUUAUCUGUUAUAAUGAUGAUAUGUCAAACAAUUGAAUUAAUAUGGAAUUAUAUACCACCAUUAAUAUUUUUUAUUGGUACCAUUGGUAAUUUAUUUUCAUUUUUAGUAUUUUAUAAACGUACUACAUUAUAUCCAUCUACACAUAUUUAUUUAUUAUUUUUAGCAAUUGUUGAUGAAGGUGUAUUAUGUAUUGGUUUAUUACGUAGAUGGUUAGAUAAAUUAUUAUUUAUACGUAUAGAAGAUAAACAUUGGUUAUUAUGUAAAUCAAUACAAUUUAUUGGGGUGACAACAAGUUAUAUAUCUGUAUGGAUUAUUGUAUUAAUUACUGUUGAACGUACUAUAGUUGUUAUAUCACCAAUCAAUUCAAUUUGUAUUAAUCGUAUUAAACGUUCAUAUAUAUCUAUUAUUAUUUUAUGUAUUUUAUCAUCAAUAAUAUGUAUACAUUUUUUUAUUACUGUUAACUUAGUAACAACAAAUUCUAGUUACUAUGAUCAAAAUCAUACAAAUUUUCCCUUAGCAACUAAUGAUUAUUAUUUAAAAUUCAAUAAUAAUAAUAAUAAUACUAUACAAUUAUUGAAUAAUAAUUUACAUGAUUUAAAUGAUAAUUUAAUAUGUGAUUUUUAUUUUAUAUUUAAGCAAAAUGGUUUUCAAUCUAUAUGGAUAUGGAUUGAUGCUACAUUAUAUAGUUAUUUACCAUUUAUUAUUAUAUUAAUAUCAAAUAUAAUUAUAUUAAUUCAUAUACGUUGGGCUACCAAACAACGUGCUCAUUUAAUUGGUAAAUAUCCAUCGACAAAAUUUUUAUAUCAUCAAUAUACUACUGAUAAUAAUAACCCUAUUCAUCAUCAUCAUCAUCAUCAUCAUCGAAAUAAUAAAAAAUUACGUAAUUUACCAAUGAAAAUGAAUCAAAUUGUUCAUUCUAAAAAUCAAUCAUCUUCUUUAAGUUCUUCAUCAUCAUUAUAUGAUAGAAAACAUUUAACAUUACAUUUACAAAUGAUUACACCAUAUAGUCCAAGUACUGAUUCUUUGAAUAGUUGCCAUAGUGAUGAUUUACAUCAUCAUCAUCAUCAUCAUCAUCAUAAUGAUAAUAUUGGUAUAUUUCAUACAACUAAUCAUAGUCUGAUUGAUAGGAACUUAUGUAAAUGUAAACAUCCAAGUGUCAAUAUGCAAUUAAAACCAUACAACAAUAAUCAUCAUCAUCAUCUAAAAGGUAUUACUAAUAAACCAAUUCAUCUAAUUACAAGAUCAUCACAUUUAUAUUCUAAUGAAAUGCGUCAAUUAACUAUAUUAUUAAUGUUAAUCUCAUGUGUAUUUUUAAUGACAACAGCACCAGUUGUAUUAAUUAAAUUAUUAUUAACAUGGAAACAACAAUUUCUUAUACAUAAUAUGAUACUAUUAGAAUUAUUUGAUAAUAUAGCUGAAGUAUUAAUGUACAUAAAUCAUGCUAUAAAUUUUUAUUUAUAUUGUGCUGUUGGUUCAAGAUUUCGUAAAGAAUUAAAAAAAAUAUUUGAUUGUGAAUUAAAAAAAAGAAAAUAUUAAAAAUAAAUGGAAAUAACAGAA